AUGGCUUCGAGGAAGAAAAAAGACUACACAAAAGUGUUGUCAAUUACAGAGUGUAAUAUCUGCCAUUUGGAUCUUUUCGACCCUCGUCGAAUAGAGUGUGGACACGCCUUUUGCCUCCAUUGUCUAAGUCAACACAUAAGUUGUUCGUCUUCUUGUCCAACCUGUAAACGACCUAUAAAGCCAAAAUUAGGAAAGGUCGAAAACUACCCUGUUGCUAUGGACAUUGUGCACCUGCUGCAGUCUCUUCAAAACGUUGCAAGUAGCGGCCAUAUAGCAGAUGAAGGAAGUUGUACUGCAGAUGAUGUAAGGGGUGAAGAAGAUGCGAACGAAUAUGAGGUUGUUGAUUCUGACCCAGAUCAAGGGGGGACUAAGACGUUACCUCAACAAUCAAAGUCUGUCAUGUCGAACGAAGAAUGCGAUAUACAUGGACAAAGAAUAGUUUCUGUUUGUACCACUUGUGAUGAUGAACUUAUCUGCGCCAAAUGCAGCAUCCAUUCUACCCACAAUAAACUAGAGAUAUCUGAACAUAAUAGGCAUCUCAAGCGACUACUCAAAAAACAAAGAGCUGAUUUACUCCAACGGGGAAAAGAUGACGGAGCAAAAGAAGAAAGAUUGCAGGAAAUGAUCGAAAAGCAAGUUCAACAAAAGGAAACCAUUAGAGACGAGAUAGAAGAAAUUGCCGAGGAAAUGUUCACACAAAUUCAUAUGAAAAAGGAAGAAAUGCUUCGACCUAUUGAGGAAAAGGCAGACGAAUACGUCAAACAACUGACGGAGAGGCAGGAGGAUAUCAAAGACAGAAUAUCUGAGUUCAGUCACAUCAGCAACAGGAUUGGAAAACUUUCGCAUGAUGACACAACAGACUAUAGCAGAAAAGCAAAAAGAUUGGUUAAACAAGCAAACAUUGCACUCCUGAUAGAAAACAAACCUGUACCACGUUACCGGAACAUUGAGUUCACCAAGAAUGACACAGUCCUAGAAGAUCUGUCACAACUUCAGUUAGGUGAUGUAAGGAUAGAUGAAGUAUCAAUAGCGCAGGACGAGGAUGGGACAGCGUCCGACUUCUUUCCUGAUGGGGAGAAAUUGUACGUGAAUGAUGUGUACCCGGACGAUGUCCACACGUACGAUGAUUCAAUCUCACCUCCACCACCCCCUCUUAGACCAAAACCGGAAAAAUCUUAUUAUCCAUUACCUACAUCAGUGGCACGACCAACUAUGGAUGUUCGUCCUUUUUUUUCUCGCCCUCGUCCUCCACUUCCUCCACGACCUCAAAAUCAAUAUCAAAAUCAAAGUCUCCCAGCAGCUAAAAAAGAUGAGCAAAUCUACCAUGACCUCGGCGAUUCCCUAUAUGAUAAUACUACACGAAAACAAAAGCAUGACACGGAACCUCCGGAACAGAAAGAAGAUGAACUGGACAGCCAUUUCAAUCCACCGCCAUUAUCUCCCUUUUCAGGAACAUUUCGAAAAUCGGUCUCUAAAGCAAUCGACAACCGUGCAUUUCCGCAAAAAUUGGUCCACCGUGUAUUCCUCCCCUUUCGACCCUCGGGAUUCACGGUUGUCCGAGGUUCAAUCGGUCACUACUUUACAUUUGUCACCGAUGAUAACGAUGUGAAAAUGUUUAGACAGAAUGGAUACUUAUAUAGGCCAAUCACAGAUCUCGUACGGGCGUUUGAUGUUGCAAGCCAACAACAUGGAGAGGCAUGGACGCCAUUGUACAUAACGGAUGAAGGUCGAAGAACAGGAGAUGGAAGUGUCAGGGUGUAUACCUCCGAGGGAGAAUUCCAGAAAGUGUUAGUGGGAAAGCUCAAGAAACCACAAGGAAUUUCCAUAUCACGAGUGGGACUCGUUUACGUAUGUGACGAAGCAAAUAUCCUUGUGUUUUGUCCGAAAACGGGAAAAAGGAAGAGGAUCAUUUCUACCAUUGGGAAAGAUCCAAUUUUUGUACGCCCUUUGUAUGUGAUGGUGAGCGCCACUGGGAAGAUUCUAGUCUCCGAUGUGGGCACCAGAGAGCUCAAAAUUCAUGACGAAACCCGAAAGUACACCGACAAAUUCAAACCAGAUGAGGACGAAGGGGAGCUUUACACAAGCUUCACUCCUGGAAUGUGCGCCGAGGAUUCUUCUUCGAAUUACUACGUCAUUGACCAGGAGAGAAACAUACUUUAUAUAUUGCGCGGUGGGGGGAGGUCAGAGAAGUUAGCGCUACCACAAAAGCCUCAGGGGCACGAUGGAAUACCAACAGCUGUAUCCUUCGCCAACGAUACAGGGAACAUUGUAGUGUUUUAGACAAAAGAUAUACAGGAUGUUGUUUUGAUAAAGGAAAUGUUUUUUGUAUAUACCCAAACGUACGUUUGACUGCGAAUAACACAACAACGCCAAUCACGUCGUCUGCAAUGAUUCACGUCAGAUAUGCCCGGACGUUUUCCGAUGUGAUGUUAGAGGUCCAUCCUUUUAUGUUUAUGUUAUAGUAACUGAGUUCAAUAUAUCUUAUGACGGUCAGAUUAAAGCCCAUAUGUUGAAAAAACUUCCUUUGAAAAAAUGUAGGCAUUCCAAUCAAUAUUCACGUAGUUAAGAAUCAACUAAUACGUCUGAACUUUAGACAUAUUUCUUAAAAUAUUAUUUUAUUAACCCUUAAACUUAGUUCAGUUUCCUUUUCGUUUUAGUAUAAACGUUCGAGACAACUGAUUAAACCAAGUUAUAUCAUUGUUAUAGAUUGUUAUAUAAGUAUAUGAAAUUACUGUAAAUAAUAAUCCCGUUAUAUUUUUGCUUGGCCGAUACUUAAAAAAUAGACAAGAAAAUCAAACAUGGCUAGGAAUGUGAUCGCAAUUAAACUUUUGUUUUGCCACGUUAGUAUUUAAA